AUGACCGUAGAGAAGCUGGUGGCCUCAGCUGUGCUGGUGGCCCUCGUGUCUCUGGUGCUCAACAAUGCAGCCGCCUUCACCACCCACUGGGUGCACCAGACCCUGGAGGACGGGCGACGCCGCGGCGUGGGGCUCUGGCGGGCCUGCUGGCUGACUGAUAAGGCACGCGGGGGACCAGGCCCCGGCGCCAGGCCUGAGGCGGCUGACGAGCAGGGCUGUGAGGCCCUGAGCUGGGGCUCUGAGGCAGCCGGCUUCCAGGAGGCUCGGGCCACAGCCAAAUUGCAGUUCGACAUGAUGCGUGCCUGCAACCUGGUGGCCACGGCGGCGCUGGCCGCAGGACAGCUGACCUUCGCGCUGGGGCUGGCAGGCUUGCCGCUGUUGUCCCCUGAGUCCCCUUGCUGGGAGGAGGCCAUGGCUGCCGCAUUCCAGCUGGCCAGCUUCGUCCUGGUCAUUGGACUGGUGACCUUCUACAGGAUCGGCUCCUACACCAGCCUGUCCUGGUCCUGCUAUCUGAAUAUCGGCGCCUGCCUGCUGGCUACCCUGGCAGCGGCUGUCCUCAUCUGGAACAUUCUUCACCGCAGGGAGGAUUGCAUGGCACCUCGUGUCAUUGUCAUCCGCCGCUCACUCGCUGCCCGCUUCCGCCGUGGGCUGGACAAUGACUAUGUGGAGUCCCCAUGCUGA